GCAGCAACAGCCGGACACUUCCUCAAAAUACCGCAACACGUGCGGAACCCACGAACUUUACUCCGCUGGACAUUUACGAUCCCACCUUUGAAACUACACCUGAGAUAAUAUUUAACAGCAAAGCCCGUUGUGGUGCAUAACUAUAGAGUCUCUCCGCGCGUGGAGCCCACCGGAUCGCUGGAGCAGUGACUCGGUUAUUGGUUUUACACAUCACAUUACCCCUUUUUUACGCACAGGGGAAAAUGGUUCCAAUCGCAAAGGUGCUCCUCGGGGUUUUUGCUGUAGCAAUCGUGGUCGUUUUGAUAGCGGUACCCACCGCUAUAUUUCUGAAUGAGGGGAAGGACCAGGGUGGGAACCAAAACCAGAGGUUCUUCUCACUAGAGGAUGUCUUCAACAACUCACUGAGACCAACGUCCUACAAUAUGAGAUGGAUCUCAGAUCAUGAAUAUCUUCAUAAAUCUGAAGGCUCGGUCUACCUCCACAGUGUGGUCACUGGAGCGAGCACAGAGUUCCUGAGCAAAGACACAUUUAAUGAAAAAAGCGCUUAUGACUACCAGCUGUCAGCUGACCGCAGAUAUGUUGCUUUCAUGAGCAACUAUUCCAAGUUGUGGAGGCAUUCUUUCACGGCUUCAUAUUCACUGUAUGACCUGGAAUCAAAGAAAUUUAUCACUCCCUCAAACAUUCCUGAUGAAGUCCAGUACUUCGCUUGGGCUCCUGAAGGGAACAAACUGGCCUUUGUUUGGAAAAAUAACGUGUACAUAAAGACCAGUCCUCAGUCCCCGCGACAGCAAAUCACAUUCACUGGCGUGGAGAAUCUGAUUUUUAAUGGGGUUCCAGACUGGGUGUAUGAAGAGGAGAUGUUUUCAUCCCCCCAGGCUCUCUGGUGGUCACCAGGAGGGAAGUAUGUGGCUUAUGCAGAAUUCAACGACACAGAAGUUCACGUUAUAGAGUACACCUGGUACGGUGAGGACCAGUACCCCAGCACUGUUUCUAUACCAUAUCCAAAGGUGGGACAUCCAUCCAGUUCUUUUCUUGCUCUAAUCCACGGGCACAUGACUCAUAAACUUUAUUAUUUUCCACAUUCCUUUGUCAUGCAGCCAGGCACUCCAAACGCUGUUGUGAAAGUGUUUGUUGUAGACACUGACAACACAACAAAAAUCACUGAGGUUGUUGUUCCAGCUGAAUUCAGAUCAAGUGAUCACUACUUGGCUUCUGUAACUUGGAUGACAGAUAACCACAUCGCUGUCCAAUGGCUGAAGAGAGUACAAAACCACCUCAUCCUUCAGAUCUACAACUUUAGUGGAUCUGGUUGGGAUCCAGCUGAGGAUUUGAAGGUGAUCAGUACCUCAGGCUGGAUUGGACGGUUCUCUCCACCGAAACCUGUUAUUGCUGCAGACAAAAACAGCUUCUACCUCCUGAUGAGUGACAGCAAAGGGUACAUGCACAUUCAUCAUGUAGUUGGGACAACAGUUACACAGAUCACCAGUGGAGAAUGGGAAGUGAUUGACAUCAUGAAAGUCACCGCAGACAAAUUAUAUUACAGAAGUAACGAAAAAGAUGGCAAGCCAGGAGGAAGGAAUGUUUAUGAGUGGACAAGCAGUGGACACGUGGGGCUUAAACAAGUCCCCAAGUGUCUGACUUGUGAAUUACAUGGAGAGAAAUGUCAAUAUAACUCAGCUUACUUCAGCCACAAUGCCUCCUACUACCGCAUGAGCUGCAGUGGUCCAGGCAUCCCUUACCACUCUCUAAUGGAUACUCAGAAAAACACAGAGCUGAAAGCUUUGGAGAACAACAGUGCAUUUAGCGGCCUGAUAUCGGACAUCCAAAUGCCCACCAUGCUCCGUGACAAAAUCAGAGUGGCUGGAUACGAUCUCUGGUUCCAGAUGGUUUUACCUCCAGGCUUUGAUGAAUCUAAGAAAUACCCUUUACUGAUAGAUGUGUACGCAGGGCCCUGCAGUCAGACAGUAGACUAUACCUACAGUGUGAGCUGGUCCACUUACCUGGCCAGCACUGAGAAUAUCAUCGUGGCCAGCUUUGAUGGAAGAGGAAGUGGUUACCAGGGUAACAAGUUAAUGCAUGAAAUCUACCAACGCCUGGGAACCUAUGAGGUGGAAGAUCAGAUAGCAGCAGCCAGGGAAUUCAUCAAACGAGGCUUCAUUGACAAAGACAGAGUUGCUAUUUGGGGCUGGUCUUAUGGUGGAUAUGUCACGUCAAUGGCUUUGGGAUCUGGCAGUGGAGUUUUCAAAUGUGGAAUGGCGGUGGCUCCAGUUUCCAAAUGGAAAUACUAUGACUCAAUCUACACAGAGCGUUACAUGCUGGAACCUUCACAGAACACUGAUGCCUACAAUAACUCAACAGUAACAGCAAGGGCAAAGAAUUUUCAUUCCGUGCAGUAUCUUCUGGUGCAUGGAACAGCUGAUGACAACGUUCAUUUCCAGCAGGCAGCUGAGAUCUCAGAAGCUCUAGUGGAGGAGCAGGUGGAUUUUGAAGCAAUGUGGUACACGGACAAGGAUCACGGGCUUGGUGGCUCAGCCUAUCAACACGUCUACACCCACAUGACUCACUUCCUGCAGAGGUGCUUUGCAUGACUCCCCCAUCUUUUCUUUUAAAUCUCAUGUGAAAAAAAAAAAAACAUUUUUGUGAUAACAAUUUAACUGUUGAUUUAGGCUUUAUUAUUACUGUUCAAAAUGCCAAGGAAAAUCAUUGUUCUUGAAAAUGGACAAAGUUGUUCAAGUCUUAAUGUGAAAAUGUGUCUUGCUUCUAUACACUCAAGAAAACUGUAUUGUAUUGAACUGAAUGAUCCACUUAAACAUAAUGCACUCGUUUGUUUUAUACAGUUUUACUCAAUUUGGGAAGUUGUUGAAUGUUUGAUGUAAAAAAAAAUUAAUAAACAUUUAAACAACA